UUACUAAAAUCUAACAAAAUAAUUCUCUGGGUGGCUGCGGCUUGCACAUCUUUCAUCUCUCCAGCAAAAUAGACUUGAACUAAACUCAAUAAGGAAACGUAAUGGCUAAUGAUGAUGCUAAAAUCCCCAGAGUUUUUUGCGUUGGAACGGCGGAUACCAAGUUGGAGGAGCUACAGUUUCUGUCUGAAUCCGUUCGCCUCAAUCUAACCUCCUUCUCUAAUAACAACUCUUCCCAGGUAGAAGUUGUGGUGGUUGAUGUUUCGAUUGGUCAAAAGGAGACAGAGAGCUUGCAAGAUUUUAAGUUUGUGAAAAGAAAUGAAGUUCUUUCUUUCUGUUCUGACUCCACUGAAAAAAUCCCGGUUGGACUUGAUAUUGAUAGAGGCAAAGCUAUUGCCUUUAUGGGUAAAUCCCUUCAACAUUUUCUUAAAAAAGCUGUGGAUGAUCAAGUUCUUGUUGGAGUCAUUGGCCUUGGAGGCAGUGGAGGUACUUCUCUUAUGUCGUCUGCUUUUAGAUCUCUUCCGAUUGGGAUGCCAAAAGUCAUUGUAUCUGCUGUUUCUAGUGGUCAAACUGAACCUUAUAUUGGCACCUCAGACUUGAUAUUGAUACCAUCCGUGGUGGAUGUUUGUGGGCUUAAUAGUGUUAGUAGGGUCGUGUUUUCAAAUGCUGGAGCUGCUUUUGCUGGAAUGGUGUUGGGGAGGUUAGAGCAGUCUAUAGACCUCAAACCUGGUAAGCAAAAAUGUACUGUUGGUAUGACCAUGUUUGGGGUGACAACUCCAUGUGUAAAUGCUGUGAACGAAAGAUUGGAAAAAGAAGGUUAUGAGACAUUGGUUUUCCAUGCCACUGGAGUAGGGGGCAGAGCAACGGAGUCUCUAGUUAAAGAGGGGUUCAUACCUGACAUAGCAUGAACCAAUUGACUCUAACUGUGUCAUGAGUCUUCAUUUGCUAGCAAACCAGUCUAGUCUGUUGAGUCCACACUAUAAUGGACAUAUGCACGGGCCAACCCACCAACACGAUGAGUCGCAUCGGCACCUACAUGGCAUUGACACCUCUAUAUGGAGGUGAAAUCCAUGUAUAACAAUUGCAUGUAAGCCAUGAGCAUUCAUAUAAUGUUAGCUUAAAAAUUGACACUUUCCUUCGUAUUGUCCCA